AUGGGUCCCGAGUGCCUCUCUGGGUCUGGGGGUCGUAUCCCCUCCUCCCGCCACCUCUCCUUCCGUCUCUGGGUCUCUGUCUGCAGCGGGCUCCGGGGAAAGGGAGCCUGGGGCCUUGACCCCUCCGGGGCCACGCCCCCCGACCCCCGCCCAGCUGCGAGUGAGCGAGCGGCCUGUGGAUUGCCGAGCGCAGACGGGCCUGCCGAGCGCCCCCCGUCCUGGCAUGGCAUGGGAGAGUGGCGAGACUUCCACCACCCUCCGGGUGCCAGAGGCCUCUGGUCCCCUGGGUCGGCAGCGGGGCCCUGCGGCGGCGGGCUGCGUGGGCAGAGGCGCCCGCAGAGGGGCAGGCCAAGCGCCAGGCGGCCCGGAGGCCCCGGAGGCCCGGAGGCCCGGAGGCCCGGAGGCCCGGAGGCCCGGAGGCGCGGCGGCGGGCUCUUGGGGCGGCGCGCGGCACCCUCCUCCGUCUACGGCCAUACCACCCUGAACGCGCCCGAUCUCGCGCCGCCGCCGCCGCCGCCCCCUUCAGCGCAGUUCACCGCCAGCCCCAGCGCCCCCUGCCCCGACUGCCCCUCCCGCCCCACCGCGCGGGGCCGUCGUGCGGCGCGGCCAGCCAGUGGCCCGCGCCCGCAGGCGGCCUCAUCCCAGCCCUCGGACCUCAGAGCCCCAGCCCCCGCCCCUCCCCGCCGCCGGCCCGGGCUCCCUCCGAAGGGCCUGGCCCACUGCACGCUGGCUGGCCUGUCGGCCGGCCGUGACCUGCCCGCUCGCCCCACGGACAGCUGCUCCCCUCCUUCGCCCGGGACCCAAGGCCCGGCCCUUCGGCCGGAUGGAUGGACGGAUAUUGGCCCCGGCAGAUGGACAGGCGGACGGUCGGUCGGCUGCCGGCCGGCUCCUGGAACCUGGGCCCCUCCAUACUACCCAUUUCCUGGGCCCUCCCGAUCCAGGAAACAAGACGGGCGGGGCGUGGGCCGGCCAGGAGCCCUCAAGACAGUCCCGGGGCGCGGCGCCGCCCAGAGGGGGCAAGAACCCGUGUCCCGAGGUAGAGAGAAAAAGCAACGGAGACAAAGCAAGCCGACCGACCGCUCCAGCCCGAACGUGCACCCACCUCACCUCACUGUCUCGGGGGGCUUCUCCUGGCCUGAGAGGGACCUGGCGGGGAAGGCAUCCAAGCGGAAGCGGAAUCCUGACACCUUGGCUGCAGGAGCUCUCCGGUUUGACGACGAGGCCCCCCGCCCCGUGUCCUGGACUCCUGUGGGGAAGGGUGGCCUUGGAAAGGCCACCUGGCGGGCCUGAUGCCCUCCUGCUGCACGCUGGUCGCUCCGCGUGGGGUUGGCGCAAGGGUGAGGGGGGCGGAGGGGGGCGGGAGGGGCGGCCAGACCCCGGGCUGGGCUGGGCCUAGGUCUGCAGCGGGCUCCGGGGAAAGGGAGCCUGGGGCCUUGACCCCUCCGGGGCCACGCCCCCCGACCCCCGCCCAGCUGCGAGUGAGCGAGCGGCCUGUGGAUUGCCGAGCGCAGACGGGCCUGCCGAGCGCCCCCCGUCCUGGCAUGGCAUGGGAGAGUGGCGAGACUUCCACCACCCUCCGGGUGCCAGAGGCCUCUGGUCCCCUGGGUCGGCAGCGGGGCCCUGCGGCGGCGGGCUGCGUGGGCAGAGGCGCCCGCAGAGGGGCAGGCCAAGCGCCAGGCGGCCCGGAGGCCCCGGAGGCCCGGAGGCCCGGAGGCCCGGAGGCCCGGAGGCGCGGCGGCGGGCUCUUGGGGCGGCGCGCGGCACCCUCCUCCGUCUACGGCCAUACCACCCUGAACGCGCCCGAUCUCGUCUGAUCUCGGAAGCUAAGCAGGGUCGGGCCUGGUUAGUACUUGGAUGGGAGACCGCCUGGGAAUACCGGGUGCUGUAGGCUUUU